AUGAUGUCAACCAGCGAUGAUCCCACACAGAUGCUUCAUCUCCCCCAAGAUGAGCUCUCGUCGUCAUAUGACACAUCGGUCGCCGAUGUUCCUGUUAUCGAAAAAUGUAUUGAUGCCAUGAAGAAGCUUCAACGUAUCAUCGGCGAAGACUUUGUGGAUUUCGCCGAACACACUAGGAAUGAUAUCAUUGUCGGCGUUGAAAUACGAUUCGAAGAAAUGCGUUUUCCAGCUGUUACUAUCUGCAAUAUUAAUCCGUACAAAAAUUCUCUAGCUCGUGAAUCGCCUCCAAUUAGAAGCGCCAAUUUAGCCAUCGGUGCGGGUCAAAACGAGCAAAGUCAACAGCACGACGAGCGUAAAAAACGAUCAGUCAAUGUGCCUUCACUUUCGUCUGCUCACGUGUACUGUCGACGAGACAAUGACCAUUAUACGGCGGAUCCAGAAGGCGAUGAACGAUGUGUACUGUAA